GGUGGGCGGGUCAAAGGUUACGUAUGAUUGAAUUUCAAACUGAGAGAUAAUCGUGGGGAAUGCUCGGGGUCGGGACAACGCUGCUUUCCUCGCCAAAUAUCAUCGGGGCUGGAGAGCGCGCCUUCGCACAACUUCCAAGCUCAGUACCCAAUCAGGGAAGGGAUACAAGGAUAUGCGUAGCACAACUGUAUGGCGGAGAGCAUUCUGUUGAAGGAGUCACGUACAGCGGCUGAAGAGAAACCCCGGACCAAGCCUACGGGGACAGACGUCGUUUAGCAGCCCAUUACCGCUGCAAGAUGCUGUGGUACAAGUGGCUUCUACUCGGGAUGGAAAUCUCCACAUAUUCUUCUGUUUGGGCAGGACCCAUACCGACACCCUCAACACGCAGCAUCACCAGACAUGGCCACUGGGAGAGAACUACAAGAAACAGCCAUAGCGUGACUGCCACUAGAAACAGCCACAGUGUGGCUACCACGAAGAAAACCCUGAAAGAAAACACCACCGCUAACGGUCACAGGAAAGGCACACCGCGGAGAACAACACCCAAACACGAACUCCCUCUCCCGGCCAGAAGAACACAUCACACCACAGACUAUUCUUCCGAGGACUUCAUCACCAUCCCGAGAAGAGAUCUACCGCAGAUGUGUGAGAAGUUGAACAGAGACUCCUCCUCUUCCCCCGCCGAUACCCGGUCCCACCCUCCCGUGUUUCUCCCACUAGAGGCUACUGCUCCCGCCACUACAACGCUUCAGGCCACAUCGCCAAUGCCAGGCGCCACGUCAUCUAAGUUCGGAUCAAGUACGCCGUGGAUUGACGACUUGGGUGGGAAGAGGCACUUCCGUGUUGUAACUGUACUGGACUCGCCUUUCACAAUGGUGGAGAAGAAUGAGUCCGGGGGUUACCGGUACGUGGGGUUCUGUGUGGACCUUAUCAACGCCAUAGCGGAUCAUCUAGGCUUCACGUACGAGCUGUACGAGCCGCCUGACGGCCAGUACGGGGCGGAGAAAGAUGACGGGACGUGGUCUGGCAUGGUGGGGGAGCUCAUCUCAGGGCGCGCCGACAUUGCCCUAGCUGCAAUGACAAUCAGUUCCAAACGGGAGAAGGUUAUCGACUUCACUGCCCGGUACAUGGACUAUGGGACUGGUCUAAUCAUGAAAAAGCCGAAGGAAGGCAAAAGAGAGCUGUUUGCGUUCUUCCUCCCGUUCGAGAUGACUGUCUGGAUCGGCGUCAUGGCCUCCAUUUUCGUGGUCGCGGUUCUGCUGAGUCUCACGAGUCUCGUGAGAGUUAAGCUGAAUCUCGUGGACCACUCACGGCACGAAAACGACGCCGAUUUUGACCUGAGAAACAGUGCCUGGUUCUCAUACGCGUCACUUCUGAGAAAAGGUGUUGAGCCUCAGCCGAGGUCGACUCCAAACCGAAUCCUAGCGGGUGCCUGGUGGUUGUUUGGUCUCAUCGCCAUAUCAACGUACACCGCCAACCUCACGGCCUUCCUCACGGUCAAGAGACUGGAGCAGCCGAUCAGAUCCGUGGAUGACCUGGUCAAGCAAACAAAAAUCAAAUACGGCAUCCCGAAGGGCGGAAGCACGUUCGCCUUCUUCCAUGAUCAACAAGCCACAGGUACAGUCUAUGAGCUGAUGUGGAACUACAUGAACGCAGAGGAAACAAUGGUACCCAACGUCCUGGAAGGGAUAAAGGAAGUAAAGAAGGGUGAGUUUGUCUUUAUGUAUGACACACCGAUGUUGGAGUACCUCACCAUGACAGAUGAGAGCUGUGAAAUGAUGAUGGUCGGCAAGUCUUUCCGCCAUCUUGGAUAUGGGCUAGCAACCCAGCAUGGCAACAGGCUGUCACAUAUGCUUUCAUUAGGUAUUUUAAAGCUGAAAGAGGCGGGGAAAAUAGAUAGAUUUCGAAACGUCUGGUGGCCGACAGUUGGCUGUGCUCUAGAUGGAGGGGUUACAACACAGGCGGGAGCAGAUCGUCUGGGGCUGGACAGCUUCUACGGAGUGUUCGUCAUCGUCGCCGUUGGAGUAGCGUUAACAGUUAUCUAUCUGAUGAUGGAAGUCACCUGGACGUACUGUUGCAAGCCAAAGACACAGAUGUCGGAAACAGAAUUUUCCCUGACCAAGCAAGAGUCUUCACAUCAAAGACUGCUGGAAAAAGACUUCCUGCGCGCCAUCGACAGCGGCUUGGUGCAGAUCUUCAUCAAGAAGACAGGGGGCGCUUCUGCCAAUGGGAUCGUUGCAAAUGGGGACAGGUCGUUGUGAACUACGUCAUUGGGACAAUUUGUUUCGUUGCCAGGAGCAAAAAAAGUCAUUGCGUCUUCUCUAUUAAGCUUUAAACGCGUACUUUCUUUGCUGUGAUUGUUGAAGGAAAUGCAGUAAUCAUUAUUAACUGCAAAAUAAAAUCAGUAGACGUAUUUAGAUGAAUACUUCAAAGCUAAGGUGCUGAACUCGGUAUAUGUAUGAAAAGAGUGUAUAGCAAUUUUUUGAAGUAGCGGAUUACUAAAUCUAAAGGUGUGCAAUGCACAUUAUAUCAACAGAAAUUGAAGUCGAUGCCUCGACUAGAUACUUUUCUCAAUUUAUAUGUCAGUCUUUCAUAGUACAGUAACCAUAAAAACGUUUUUGUCAUGACGACAUAGAUUUGUUUGUAGCAAAACCAUUUCUGUGUCAACCACGACAAGUUUAAUAUAAAUCAUGUAUAAAUUUUUUAAUAGAUGGCGAUUGAUAACGUAUCAUCUACGAAAGACAAAUCAAAAAUAGAUUAUGAGAUAAAAGUGUAAAUAUGGAAAAUCAUUAUUAUUUCAAGUAUUUUCUAUGGUCAUGAAAUCAUGAUAAUUCUGUUAAAUCUAGUUAGCCUCAUAGUUACCUUAUAAUGGACAAAUGACAAUGAAGCCUACCUUGAAUUAAUAGAUAUUUCAUUACUUUGGAGAAGACAUGCUUCAAAAUGUUUUGGAUGUUCUACAUAGAUAUGCAUUUAAAAACAAUUAAACCCAAUGUAUCCUUUCCAAUUCUGAUUAUAUGAAUCGGACAUAUACCUUGUACAUAGUUCCUGUACGUAAAUCAUGUAUAUAAACUUACGUCAUGUCAAUGUAGUUUUAUAAUCUGAUCUAAUUAAAUGUAACGAAGAUGAACAACGAUAAAAUCAUUUAAAGUAGUGGUGAUUUCAUUGCGAAAUCAACAAAUAGUUAGUUUUUUUUUGCCUUGUAUGUUAUUCGAGGAACUAAAAUCGUUGUAAGGAUGUGCCAAGUUCAAAUGAACCUUAAGUCCAGUUUUGGUUUUGACUCCUUUUUUGACAGAUGGUAGAUAUGGACGCAAGGACGUCAUUAAGCUUCUAUUUCUUCGUUUAUAAUGUAUAACUGGUAUCAAUGUUGUAAUCAGUGACAAGUCUGGCAUAAGAUUUAUGCUUUGUUGUAAUAAAGUUAUCACAAAUUA